AUGUUACGUCAGUCUAUACUCAAGAGCGUUCGUUCCGUUCCCGCCACCAGAUCAUUCACAGCAUCUGCGUUGUGCGCCAACGCACCCAAGGGCAAGUCGCCCAUGCAAGUUUUCUUUGAGACGUUCAGAGAUGAGGUCAAAAACUCGAGCGAGCUCAAAAACGACAUCAAAGCAUUGCAAGAUGAGACCGGAAGAGUGGCCGAGAGUGAAGCUUUCAAAAAGGCCAAGGAGGCCUAUGAUAAGGCCCAGAAAGGCAGUUCUGCUGCAGGCAAAAUCGCCAAGCAGACUGCUACUGCCGUUGGAGAUGUCGCUCACAAGGCUUGGGAGUCUCCAGUCGGCCGUGGUGUUCGUACCACCGUCAGAACCAGUGCUGAGGUUGCAGACAAGGCCUUCGAGCCAGUGAGAAACACGCAAGUCUACAAGGACAUUGGUAACGUGAUUGAUGAUGGCUCUUCCACUGCUUACGGUGGUUACUUGACCAAGGAACAGAGAGAAGCUUUGAGAAAGAAGGAGCUUGAGAUGAAGGCCCAGGACAAGAACGCCUGGAAGUUUGUCAAAGAGGACGCUGAGGCAGGUGGAGCCUUGGUUGCCACCGACGCCAAGCCCACCGGUCCUAAGAUCGGUGAGAAAUGGGAGGACUUCAAAUUGAAGAGUCCAGUUGGUCGUGGAUAUGUAGUCGUCAAGGAGAAGUGGGAUGAGAGUGAGAAUGGAUUGAUCUCGUUGGUCCGUGCUGUUUUCCAGAAGGUUUCUUGGUUUUUCUCCGAAACCGAGCAAGCACAAGUUGUCAAGCGUUUCCGCAUGUUGGAUCCAUCCUUCCGUAUCACCGACUUCACUCGUACGUUGACUAACUACAUUGUUCCCGAAUUGUUGGAGGCAUACGUGAAAAACGACGAAAGAGUGUUGAAGAAGUGGUUCAGCCCUGUUCCAUACGAGUCGUGGGCCGCCCAGAACAAGCAGAUGAUCCAGCAAGGCUUGUUCUCCGACUCUCGUAUCUUGGACAUCAGAGGUGUUGAGGUUGUGACAUGUAAGAUUCUCCAACCUAAUGACAUUCCUGUAAUUGUUGUCUCGUGCCGCGCACAAGAAAUCCACUUGUACCGUGAGGCUAAGACUGGAGAAAUCAAGGCUGGUACCGAAGAUCACAUUCAGAUGAGCACUUACGCCAUGGUCUUCACUCGUGUUCCCGAACUGAUGGACGAUGAGACCACUGAGGGCUGGACUGCCGUUGAGUUUGUUCGUGGUGGUUCAAGACCUUUCCACUAG